AGGAGAGGACGCUCGCAAAAUUUUCAAAUUUUGCUUUUUUAGAGGUUUUUGUCACUAUAACUUUGAGCACUAAAAAGUAAAAACUGCAAUAAACUAGCACGACCUAGUACCUUUCUAACUCCAAGCGACGCAGAGCUUAAAGAGUUUAUUUCCUUCGUUCUCUUAUCGUUUCAUCUCUUGAUUUCAUUCACAACAUCAAUCAUCAAGUCCCCGAUCACCAUCAAAAUUAUGAGCAACAAGAUGUUCGCUCGUAAUAAAGCUGCUUUUGCCAUCAACAUUGUCGUGUCCAUCAUUGCGUGGACCGCUAUCGUGGAGGCGAAGCGGCGCCGCUCAGGCAGGGAAGAUCUUAAUCCCUAUAACGUACAAGACCAACUGAAUCAAGAAUACGCGAAAGAAACAGCUGUCGAGGCCUCUACAGAAUUUUUGGACUUGGAUCAUGAUGUUGGCGAUGGUCAUGGCCAACAAGAAGAUGAUAUUCUAAGUGGGGACGUCGAGAAAGAACUAGCACAAGAAGACCUAGAACCAGUACGAGAUCCUUCUAUUCCACCCAUAACUGACCAUGACGAAGUUGAAGAAGACGAUGAGCAGAAGAAAAACCACGACAGAGACGAAGCAGCUAAUAAGAUUGCAGAGCUUCGUAAAAAAGUAGCUGCUCAGAAGAUCAAGGGGACGGAUGAAGCAGCAAAACAGGACUCUUCGGCUCCUUCUGGUCAGCAGUCUUCAAGUAGCCAAGUAAGUCUUGCUGUCGUUGUCUUGCUUGUGUGCCUCUUGAUCGGAUUUCAAGUGCUAGGUGCGGGGAAAAAUGGUCAUAUUAUCGGAACAACUUCAAGUGCUAGAAGUGCUGUUGGGGAUAGAAAUACAAUUCGAGAACAGCGACUGCGUAGAUUUGCUCAACAAGCAGGAAACGCAGGGCCAACAUCUAGUUCAUCUACCAAAAAUAAAACCGAAGAUACAACCGAGAGUACAACACCAGCACAUUCAUCUUCCUCGACGACGAGGAGUGAUGCAACUGCGAAAUCGAAGACCACGAAUGUAUCUAGCACAACUAGUGUAAGCCCACUAAACAGCUCAAAAUCCGACACAACAGGCUUUAUCACGACAACAUCUGCGACAACAGUUCCACCUGGAUCUAAAGACACUUCUAAUUCUAAAGUAAAGCUCAACGAAAUCGUCACACUUCCGACUCCUUCGUCGAGUACUUCUACAAUAGCUGGAGACACAACAAGUAGGGCAGCGGUCGUGAAAGUAGACACAACAAGUGGAGCAGCAGAUGCAGAUGCAGAUGAACCUAAUAAUAUUAGGGUUUAGGGUUUAUUAGGUUUAUAGGUGUUCCUGCUCUUGCCGUUUGUUAUUUUGACUCUGCUAAGAGGGAAGUACAGGACAACAAACGAUGAACAAGAAAACCAAGACGAAAACCCUACCUCUAAUAAUUUAGGGCCACUUGGUUUUCCAGGUCCACCAGUUCCGGCUGCUCCCGCUCCCGUAGACGUUUUGCCCAGUAAGCUGAAGGCUUGUAAGUUGAAGGCUUGGAUCACUCCAACGUCACCCUUAUCCAAAGCUGUGGCUCAAUUGUCGCCACAUCCUUUUCUAGAUUCUCCCUUUGAGUUUGACAGUGACGCGAGUGUCGGAGACCUAAAACGAGCAUUGUGCGAGUGCGUGGUGCCCGAUGAAAUUGGAGCUGAAGUUACGGCGCAUAAUGUUGAUGGCGGCUGAUUUAUUUUUCGUAGCAAGUACUUAAAUUUACUCUUUAUUUUUACCUCAUUUUGAUGUACAGCAUACUAGUUGUAUUAGUUUUCGUAGGACGAUGGUUCUGCAACUGCUUAUGCUUUUGCUCCAUAUAUACUUAAUGAGAUGUUGACUCUUCCUCUUCUAACUCAAAAGAGAAGAGCAUUCUUGGUUUGUGCGCGCUUAUGAAGAACGACGAUGCGGAGGAUGUUACAAAAGCUGAGCCCGUGGCACCUUCAGUUAAGAGGAAACUUUUCUAACAUACGAGAGAGCACCUUUUGUUUCUGGAAUGGAGAACUGCACAUGAAUUUCAAAGAGACUAGUAGAGAAAUUUACCCUACACUACACGACUUGGCUCUAAGCCUUGUUUUCUAAGAGGAUAAGUAAUCAUAAUCAGUAGUAGAGAACAGGACCAUUAUUUUUCUACUUCUACUUCCUAAGUUGUAGAGACUAGGUAAUAGUAGAGAACAUCGACACCCAUACCUCUGUCUAACAUACACGAUGCCGAUCCUCGUGUGAAGAAAAAGAUGUGUCUUCUUUUUCGCGGUCGCAUGUUAAGCCAGGAUGAGAAAAAACUAACCGACUGUGGCUUCGGAAAGUUUGGCGAAGAUCGAGUCAUAUUCUUGUAUCGAUAACUACGACGUGGACAGCCGCGGACAGCGAGAAAAUAAAACGGAGACACAAAGUCAAAGGGGAGUAUGGGUGUAUGAGGAUACAAUUGCGAGAGGUGGAUGGAACAAAGUAGCAAAUGGGUAGUAUGUUGAUGGAAUGGUCCUGGUAUUCUCGUGUCGAUACGGAGGACGGGAGAAAUGAGAGGCAUACUUCGCAUUCGCGAUGCUAUGUGUAAUUUAAAGAUCAUCCCGAACAAAUAACCGUUGCUCGUUACUGAAAACAAAUAACCGUUGCUCUUCACUGAAAAACGAGAAACAGAAAACAAGAAGCUAAUGUUGAAAAACGAGAAGGUGCUUGAGACUUUUCUUUCUAGUUGGAUUUUACGGCAUGUAU